UCCAGGAUAUGCAUAUCCUAAAACAUGUAGUCGUCACCUCAUUUUUCUUUGCGCGCGCUAUUUCAUUUUCAAGUACCUGUCAUUUCCACCACAUGGCUUUUCAUCUUUUGUGACGACUUUUGUUCUACGGCAGGUAGAUCUGGUAACAUUACUACUACAAUAUUGUGUCCGUCGUUGAGAAAACUAUGAACAAAAUUACUGGACUUAAAUCUGUCAUAUACAUCUAACUUCGCCUGGUUGUUAGUCUAAAUAUGCCGUGAAAUUUAUGUUAUAUUUAUGCUGGUUUAUUCAAUCAAAAAUGGAAGCAAUUUUAGAGAAUUUAUCAAUGGAUGCUACGGCCGGGAAAUUGAAGGCAAUAACUGAUGCUUGCGAUGAAGGCCUAGAGGCUUUAUCUCGUGAACGAAGUUCUAGAGGAGUUGAACCGUACGAGCUAAGAGAGAAAUGUCUGUUACCGUUGAAGCUGGCUUUGGAAUCCCGUGUCUCGAAACUAUCGAGUCAUGCGUUGGGAGGAUUUCAUAAACUGAUAUCUGAUGAACGAUUCCAAUCAAUCGUCGAAGGCGACGUCCACCGUCAACUUCCAGUACAGUUUGUCAAUGCUGUUGUUUCCACUCCUUCGAUGUCGGAUGAGAUACAAGUGGAAAUUAUGAAGAUGUUACUGAUGAUAACAUGCUCAGCUUCCUGCGAGGUUCAUGGUGAAUAUCUUAUCAAGAUUGCUGAAGUUUGUAUUGAAACAUACACUCGUUCCAGCCAGUCUUGGACCAAGACAGCGUGUCGUGCAACCCUGACACAAAUGAUGAGUUCUGUUUGUAAUGAUUUAGAGGAGAGUUUAAAGAAAGAAAUGUUGUCUCACCAUUCCAAAGAUUUGCCACAUUCUAUACGAGGUUUAGAUCUGAUCUUGAAUGAGUCAAGCAAAAUUUUGACGCAAGAUGUCCUCAUGCUGAUGAAACACUUUUGUUCCCGGUUAUCACCAAGCCAAAGUGGUUGCACCCAACUAAGUGAUGUGUUGUCAUUGUAUCUUGAAGCUGUCUACGUCUUAGUAUCCAGUUUGUCUGUUUCCAUCCGUCAGCAGAAAGAUUUCAUUGAUGUUUUAUGGCAAUAUUUGUGUCCAACGUUGAUCCAUCUUCUUGGCAGUCCAGUUAGCGAAGUAGGUGGGAAAAACAAAAGCCACGGUGGUGCCUACCCAGAAGAUGGGGGUCGUGGUGGUCGAGGCACUGGUUCCCCACUCAAGUCGAAACCACUUCAAUCAGUCGCUCGAAUUAUUUACAAUAUUUCCAAAGAGUUGAUUCGGUUGGUUGGCCCGUUAGGGGCCAUGAGGCCUGUCCUGGAGUCCCUGUUUCAUCGAAUCAUACUUUAUCCCCCUCCACAACAGAGAGGUGAAGCUUUGAAAGCGAUCAAUGAUAUUUUUGCCAGUCCAAGUCACGUGGUUGAUAUAGCCGGUCCAGUCGUAUUAGAUCCCAGUACUCCACCAACUCCGGACUCGCCAACCGAGCAAAAUAAAACCGAAGUCGAUCUUCUUAAAGUUUUACUGGAUGGCAUUGUGGAGUGUUCGCAUUGUCCAGACCUGGGUGUUGUUGGUGGCAGUGUGGCAUGUGUGGUAUCGUUGCUUGGUUCUUUGGAAGAACUCAGUCAAGGAGAAGGAGUUUCUCAGGAGCAAGUCGAGCUGUUGAAGAACGUCGAGGAUGUGGAUGGAUGGGAAGACGUGGAGAAGAAAAACCGCAGCAAAACAACGGAGGAUUCGCCUCAAACUAUCCCAAAAUUCACCUUGGCUAACGAGGCUUUUGAUGAAGAUGAGAAUAUCGAAGUGCAUCAUGGGAAACCUAAACACAUUCGCUGGGAAAUGGACGAAGGGUCACAGAAACAGAUGCAACUAAGUUUGGAUCAAAUGGACUUAGAGACGGUUACUCAGAAGUUUGCAAAUACGGACAGAUUGUGGGAUAUCAGCAGGACUAAACCUGAUGGAAGAGAGCAGGACACCACAGAUGAAGGCAGCAUUUUGAACCAUCCAAAAAGUGUGCAUUUUGCUACAGACCUGGAGGAGGAAUUCACAAUCGAGAAUCGGGAAGAUCAAAGACUUGGUCGUUAUGGUAACACGCAACGUCAUGGCAUUCCUCGCCGAGGAGUUUUGCCUCGACGGAUCGCCUCGUCAUCUGCUCGUUCCGGCGUCGUAAGAAGAUCGGCAUCUCUCGACGGGAAAUCAAAGUCAAAACCUGUGAUCAAUGAUAGACGACGAAUUAAUGGCGAUCACAUGCAACCGAAAAUUUUAAGAAAUGACAAGCAACGAUUACAACGUUCAAACUCAGAUGUUGGAAACUCUCCUACGGACGAGCACAAUGAUGAAUUUCUCGAAAAACGUUCUAAUGCAUCCCGAUCGAUUCUGAGAAAACCCAAACAAGACUCGGAAAGUUCUGAAAAUGUGGAAAGCAAUGAAAAGCCUGUUAAACCGAAAGGGAUUCUUAUGAACUCUCACUUGAACGACUUAACAAAUAAGAAACUUGGUGUAGUAAAGAUAAACGGUAUCCUCAUUAGUCGGUUGCGUGAUCCUAAAGCCCAGGUUUCUCCUGAAAAAGUCGUGUCGGGCCCAGGCAAGGUUUUCGAAAAACGAAAAUCGGUCGAGGAAAACGAAAAGGAAGGAGCACGGAAUUUCGCGCGUUGUCUUCUGGGUAUUUUACCGUCAGUUUUGAGCCUGCACGAUCCAGCCGCAGUCGAUGAAGCACUCCAGCAAUUUGCAUCAGAUGUUUGCGAGGCGGUCACGUGUAUGGCACUGAAACGUAAGAAUGUUCCAAACUUCGGAACACUACGUGGUUCGUCGGAUCUUCUCGAUGAUACCUCGGGGAAAGGUGCUACGUCAUACUUACAUUAUCCAAUCCUGAACGCUGACGGAGUCUACGCCGCCGUGUAUUCCACACUCAAGCUGAACCUGAAGUUGCAUCGUGCUGGUUACUAUGGCAAAAAACAAGAACAAGAACUUGUCACACAGGAGGAGUUUAUUAAGAACACUCACAAUUGUGGUGUCGAUGUUGGUCUUUCCUCAGUUUGGUUGGGUGAACUCUAUCGCUUGGUUACAACGUAUGAUAUCUUGGAGAAAGCUGGCUACAAAGCGGAUGAUGUCAGCUCAAAUCGCGCUCUCGUUGAUUUGCUGUCGGAUAUCAAUAAGACUCCGAGAAGCAGCGAGGAUACGUCCAUUGACGAAGCGAUAUUCAUCCACGUUCAAGACCAGUCCUCCAUGACCGCCACACAAAAGCAAGGCGUGAAAUUUGUCCGACGAAUUCUGCUUCUCACCUGGGACUCUCUUCUCGAUGUCCUUCGUGUUCCCAUUGAGUCCCCCUUAGUCGGCACAGUUCAAGAAAGUAUUGGUGUGGCCUUAAUGAUGGCGUCUGAAAGCAAAAAACAUCACGCUAAAGAACGUGAUACGGUCUGCCUCAGUCUGGAUGGAUUACGAAGAAUUGCUCGGCUGUUUUGUACGCUGGGAAUCCAAACAGGCUGUGAAACCGUUCUAUCACAACUAGCUAAUGCCUCGUGUGGUGGUGAGACGGUUCCACAUACUGUACCUAAAUGGAAAGGUGGACACGUGAAGAACAAGAUGAAGUUGCAUGCGGCGCACGUGCUUACAAUGGAUGCACUCCUUGCUGUUGGCUUGGAACUAGGGAGCCACGCUCCUAAAUGCUGGAAGCAUGUCUUCAGAUGUUGUUCGUAUAUCGCUGGUUUACAGAAUAUGCAGUUCCUCUCGGACACCCCAGAAUCUCAUUCAUCCAGGAAAGUAGUCGAAGUUCCUUCGCCAGACUCCGAAUCAUCGUCGGUUUCCGCUGAUCUCUCGUCGGAUGGAAGUGCCUCCGACAUUGUCCGGCAACAUCACGACAGUACACCGGAUACGACCCGAGUAUUGAAUCCGAUCGAUGCUUCCCGAGCUAUAUACGCGCUGUCCACCUCUGUUGAUCGUUUGUUUGAACACGCAGCUAACACCCUCAGUUCUGAUGCAAUGGUAGCCAUGUUGGAAUCACUGGCCGAGGCAUCCGCUGACCAGUUAGAAAAUAUCUCCAAGGGCAUGCUGACGUAUGAUCAUCACGCGGUAACCCAGGGCAACGGUCCACUGUCGUCAAAUCUUCAUUUCUGCCGUAUGGUGGAUAUCUUAUUGAGGUGCACCAGAGAUGGUAAAAGACCUCUUCUUCAUAUUACAAGAUCAUGGGCAACAUUUUCCAAGCAUUUUGUCAAAAUAAUGUGUGAGAACAAGAAAAUUUUCAAUUUUGCUUUGGAUCUGAUAAAAGAUACUUUGGUUGUGCUCCUGAACAAUCGUAACGAGCUAGCUCAUUUCUGGUUUCACGAAACCUUGUUUAAACCCUUCGAGAUUAUCCUCAUGUCUGGGAAGAUUGGUGAUGGAGAUCAAGAUCAGGUUUUACAAAUCUUGUGUGAAUUAGCGCAGUCGAAUACUGGAAGCAUCAAAUCUGGCUGGAGGGCGAUAUGCUCCGCCGCACGAGCUGUUCACGUGCCAUCACGAUCGGCCAUCACUGAGAACGAGUUACCAGUUCCUAAAAUCUUAGAUAUUGCCACAUUGUUCGUAGAAAACAAGACGGCGUUGGUAUUCUCUCAAGCAGCGGUGAACUGCAUCCUGUGUUUGUCGAAAUGUCUUCACGUGCAGACGGCACCCGAUGAUGCGUGUGAUGAAUGCAGUCUUCCUGGUAGUGAGACUGAGAGCAAUUUCAGCGAAGGACCCUACGGUGACAUGUGUGUCCCUGCUUUAGAACUUUUGUCGAAAGUUUCCAAGAAAUUGGCAUCGAUUUAUGUGAAACCAGCGAAUGUCAUAUUUCAUGGAUCACACGCGGUAAAACUCGAUAACUCCUCAUCACCCCUCACCUCUCCAUCAAGUCCCAUAAUGUCCAUAGCGGACACCAUAAAGAAUGCUUCAGUUCUCGCACCGAACUACGCCCGCAGUAUCACAGCUAUGGAUGACAGUGGUAUUUUUCGUGUAUGGUACCUCAUGUUAGACGUAUUGACGACGACUGUGAUCACGUGCCCACGCAAACAUCAGAUUCAUGCCCUCGAUACGCUCUUUGACGUCCUUCACUCCGUGUCCUCCGUUCCAGGCCCUCAAUUCUCCAUCCUCGUUCUCACGAAUCUACUGCUGCCAAUGCUUCACACUUGGCUAGAGAAAGGUACUCAGACGCCUGAAUAUUGGGAGAGAACUGCAGGGAACUUUAAACAGGCAUGCGGGUUGACAACCGAGUUGAUUGUUGGAGAAAUGGGACAGUUUUUGAGUGAUCAAGGGGCCUCUGAGUGCGUGUUGACUUUGAUGCAACAAGUUUUAGAUUUACUAAAGUUAGCUGUAUCUCAGCCUGAUGAGGUGAUUGCAAGAGUUGGCUGUUCAUGUUUCAGACAUUUGUUGAUGUCCGGUGGAUCGCUAUUCACGGAAGAAAUUUGGAAGAUUAUUUGCGAGGGGCUUCGUGGCGCAAUGCGAUCCACACUUGCUCCUGUAAAACACCUGAUACCCUGUUACCAAGUUGGCUCGAGCAGUGUCAGCGGCGAUGAUGGAUGUCGUGUGAGGGUUCUGACGCGUCGUGAUGCAUCGUGGGAACAGACAAUUAGACAUGGCCAGUUGGCUGAACAAGUUUUUCUACUGGAGUCGCAACUGGAAGAGGAAUUUGACCGAGAAGACGAGUUCCCAACGAAGGAGGACGAAGAUCACCGAUCGUUUUUCUUCGUCAUCUCGUCGGUUGAUAAUCAAGAAAGUUCUGAGGACACUACAAGGAUUCCUCUUCGUGGGCUUGUUGUUGGUCUUCUUGCUCAUCAGCUUCUCCUGCAGUCCCUGGGUUUGGUGCUCCUAGAUAAACGUGAUUGUUCCUUCGGAAACUCUCAAAAUCCUGUUGUGAACCCAGGAGACGACAGCUCGAUGCCUGGUUUACUUACUUACCUCACUCCCGCAAAUCUUUCCAUCAUUUUUGACUGUUUGAUGGAGUCCCACACUGUCGCUUAUGAAUUCAACAACCGCUUUGGUUUACGAUCUUUGAUUCAAAUGAUCGUUCGGCUCUGUGCGCCAGCGAACCUCCUCCGACAAUCCACGAUGGCUUUCAAGUUCUAUCUUCAGACAUUGCUCGAGAUUUGUCGCUACAACGGGGAACAUAUGUCGGGCUCGUCCGUCAAACGAAUACUUCUCGGCGACCGGGGUUCGAACCCAGACGGAGAAGGUUCCCAUGCUGAAGGGGUUGAUGAUCAUGUGACUGAAGACAGAGACGCUGAAUGGAUUGUUCGCAGACUCAACGAGGCUUGCUCACAACUCAGCAGUGUGUACAACAGACUUUAUAGCAGCUACGAAAACGAGGUUCAGCAAAGGAAUUUAACAUCAACGCCAGAUUCGUCACCGUCUAAGCUUCGCUCCCACUUCGGCGACGAUUCCUUCACGAGCAUCCGACGAAAACUAGAUAGCCCGGACAUUUUAAGAAGCGACGCUUUUUAUUCACGUGAUCAACAACAUUUGCACGUGAAGAAAUACGAUGAGUUGUUGCAAUUACGAACAUGGACUAUGAUGACGGUUGAUAUGUUAGAAGCCUUACUUCGCCUCCCCACCCUGCAGUUCAAACCCAUUCUCCCCGCGAUCUACCCAGCUGUGACGUCAAUGAUUCCAGUGUCAGGAGAUCCCAAAGUUUGUAGACUUAUCUAUGAGAUUGUAGUACGCGUGGGGUCUAUUUAUGGAAUAAUAUAACUAGUAAUAUCAUCAUUGAUCAGAUAGGGAUUCCGGAUAUCAUUCUCCUUGAGAUGGCAAUGUGACUAGUCAUGCGACUAUCAAAGUCCUAUAAAUCUAUAGUUAACCAUUGUUUCUCGAUUGUGGUGAAUAAUGUGAAUAUAAUUUCACUCCAAUAGGACUAUCACUUGAGUGCAAUCGAUGCCGACAUGAACGCGUGUUUUUAAUAAAGUUUCUGGUACCUUCUGUAGGACAGGUUUCUAUGUAGUCCAUGUUCUGAUUUUUGACAGAAUAUCACCCUUCUCGUAGGCGUGGUCAGGUCAGAUCUCUUCUUUUCCCCUUAUCAAUUCUCCAUCCCUGUCAACUCUCCUUGUUGGCAAAUUCUUGAAGAUCUUUGCCAGCUUUACUUGUAAGACAUGGUUCCUUGCUAUGCCCUCAUAUCAACUCUUCAUCCUUGUCAUCUCUCAUUCUUGCCAGUCCUAGUUAUUUAACUCGUAAUCCUCAAAUAUCUCAGCCCCCUCUCAAAUGUAUCAAUCAUUUGUGGAACAUUACCACGUCUUCUUUCUUUUUACCUUUCCAGCUCUCGCGCCACUCCAACUCUCUGUGCCAGCUCUCCAUGUAAACCCUCGCAAGUUCUCCUGUUACAAUUUGAACAAUGCUUUUUCCUUAGGCUUCAUUUUGAAAACUUUUAUGUAUUUUCAUUCCACGAUGUACAAUGUUUAAAAAGAAAAGUAAACGUAACGAAAGCAAGCUAGCAGAAAGCAGCAUACUACUGUUUAAAAGAGCUGUCCAAAAAUUACCUGUUGAUGUAAAUGACGGUCAAAUUCAAAGCCUAAUCGAAGCAAUUGAAUUCAAAAACUAUGAAACAACAGAACACGUCGUUGUAAAGCGUAAUGUUUCACCGGGAUUAUACAUCGUUGUCUCAGGGAAGGUUGAAGCCGUUAGCAAUGGCGGGGUUGCUAUUCGACUUAUGAGGAUGGGUGACUUUUUUGGUGAACUUUCAAUAUUUUUUGGUAUCCCUGCACCUAUCACUGUCAGAGCACAAGAAGGAGCAGCGUUACUGUUUAUCAAGUCACAAAGUAUUCUGGAUGUGAUUACAGAGAAACCCAAACUCACUUUAUUUCAAUGGUUCAUUAAAA